UUUCUUAGAGAGCCCUCUUUCCGCUCCAAACUGCUUUAGCGCGGGUGGCCAGAGCGCCGCCUGUUGCCUGGAUACAGGCGAAGGAUUGUAAACAAACAACACACCGCAGCGAAGCUAAUUAAAUGGCGGCAUCAUUAGCAGACAGCAGAUUCAGGUGACCCUCAUGAGCUCAACAACUCUCUCCGUUGCGAUAGAUAAAAAGAUUAGACGUCUCUGUCUGACUGACUUCCCCUGCGGACUCGGACCCUGGAGACAGACCAAAAAUGGUCCCGAUGAAGCGAGAACAGAGUCACCAGAUGUCCUGCUGGACCUGCUGAGGUACCCUCGCUCUCCAUGGAUGUACAACGACACCUGGAGCCCCCAAGCUUCAGAUCUGAGGGAGCUGGCUGUGAGAGAACCGAAGCGCCUCAGCAAGGACUUCAUACUGAAUUACUUCACGACGAUACGAAUCACUGGCAAAAAUGUCUCAUUUAUUGACGAAGGCUUGUUGAAGUUCUCAAAGCUGGAGGAACUGGUCCUGAGCGGCAACUUGAUCUCAGAAAUCCCUGCGAAGCAUCUUCCCGGGACGUUGAAGAUUUUGGAGCUGCGUGCAAAUCGGUUGUCUUCGCUGAGCGGCCUCGCAAGCUGCCCGCCUCCUCAGCUGCAGUACCUGGGCCUCGGAUCAAACAGCCUGGGUUCCCAUCAAGACGUCUGCGAUCUUACAGGAAGACACUGGCCCUGUUUGGCGUGUUUGGACCUCAGCAACUGUAACUUCCAAGAGCAGCGACUUCUGGUAGCCACCUUAGAAACUCUCCCAUGCCUCAAGACCCUGACGCUUAAGGGCAACCCCUUCACCAUGACGCCGUCGUAUCCAGGUUUCACUGUGGACAGCCUCCCGCAGCUCAGCUGCUUGGACUCCUCGUGGCUCACCACAGAGGAAAGGUACAACUUCUUCGGCUUGGCCAGGAUAAAUGAUCUGGUGGAGGACGUGGCAUCAGUCACACUGAGUCUGACCAGGCUGAGGGGAAUACCAGACCCGCUGAUGCAUGUGGAUAAGAAGGCUGUUGAGUUUCCAAUCGUCACCUACAAAUACUUCGUCUCAUAUCAGUUCUUUAGUCGUCAUACGCCUGAUCAUCAGGGAGAAGACGGCAACCUGGACACGUCGUCUCGCGUGACAGAGGACAACUCUGUCCGUCCAGACCCAGGAUCAGAUAGAAACACUGGGAAAAGCGUGUCCGCCCUGGACACUGCCGACGUCCCCGCAGUCGAUGCGUACGAAACUGAACAACUGUCGCUGUACGCAACACCAAAACUGUCGUGGUCCGAGUGCGCGGACUUGAAUUACACGCUGGCUUACAGGAUCAGCUGCCUGGGAGACCUGAAGAAAUUCUUUACUCACGGACUCCAUCUCAAUCUAAUGGAGGAAAAGACUCUGUCGUGGCCCGCGCCCUCCGAAGAAGCCCAGCACGUCAAACCCAGCCCGACUAAAGACAAGAAAGGCAAGAGCAAAGAGAAAGUUAAAACGCCUCCCAAAGCUAAAAACAAAAAGAAAAAAGGUCCUCCGGAGCUGGUCCACGACCCACCUAUCCGAAAACUACUCAACUCAGUUCACAUCCCCAUGCAAAGCCUGGUCCAGGGGGGUCAAAGGGUCAGUUCUGUCUGCGACUUUGGUCCGCUGCACGUGGAGCCUCCACCAAAACAGGAGGAGGAAACUGAAAAGAAACCGAAAGGAGACAAGAAGGACAAGACAAAGGACUGCAAGGAAGCAAAGGAGAAACAAAAAAAACACACCGAACCUCAGAAAAGUCCAAAAGGAAAGGGGAAAGACGCAAAGAAACGCGACAUGGAUGAGCACACGGUCCCGCCCGUCCCGGUCCCGCCGGUACCGGUGACUGUGGAGCUGAGUGUGGAGCUGGAGAAGUGGAAGUCGGUGUCAGACGCUUUUCAUUCCGUAACGCCUGUAGAAAACGGCUGAAUCGCAGAGCCGAAGUCGACACGAAAGCAUUCAUGAAAAAACAUGAAUGUGUUCUUCAAGCCAUGAGAACUUUAUUUUAGCGGCAUGAAAUUAAAUGCACAGCUGACCAAAUUUACACAGCAGUAUUUUCUCAGUAUGGUGUAAAAAAAUCCCCAAACAUCUACAUCCAUUUCCCUGUAGGAAGAAGCCAGACUUUCUUGUAAACUUCAGCAGUGAGACCAACCUGCUGGAGGGUAAACCUUCACUUUCGUCUCUUUGUUUUACAGCUCGUAUAAUUUUCUAAUGAUUGCAUCCACCUUCCCGUCACCAACUCUGCAGCUUCCAAGUCCCUGCAGAAGAAAAGCAUCCGGACAGCAUGAUGCUGCCUUCACCGUGCAUCACCAUGGUGAUGUGCAGAGUAGACCUUCGUUUCUCUAAUCCUUUGACAGGCUCAUAUUUUUUCACAAGUUCACCGUUUCCACAUCAUCAUCAGUUUAGAUGAAUGUCUUGUUUGCAUCCGAGCCAUAAUUUAUUCUUUAGCGAUUUGAAAUAUCCAGACUUUAACAAUCUUUUAUGACCCAACUCAUCUGCCGUCUCCAAUGUUCACAAACAGAAACGCUGGACUGACGGAUUAAAUUACACACAGAAGAACUUUUCUGGAAAUUACUGGUUCCACUGAAUUUUAUUGAGGGGCAUCAGAAGUAAGAAGGCUGAAACUUGAGGCACACUUUAAUUUGUGAAUUUUUAAAAACACUUCCUUGCACCUCAUCGCCGAACCCUUCUGAAAACAUUUACAAGGCAAAUCUGCAAAAAAAAGGAAAAAAAGAAAGAAAGAAAAACACAUAACCUUACCAAGUAUUUUUGGUCUAGUUUCUAAUAUAAAUAUCUUGGUUCUGUCUUAUUUCAGGUGUACCGACUAAUACGUAACUUUCCAGCACAAAAUAGGCAUUUAAGUCAAUAAUUUCUUAAUAUUGAUGAAAAAUUACUAACGCACUGGCAGAUAGUUAGCACCUUUUCAUCAGCAUUAAGGAAUUGUUGAGUUAAUCUCAUUUUUCUUGCUGAAAAGCUAUUUGUAAGUUAGUUUUGUCCCAUUUCGAGUGUACCAAGAUAUUUGCACUAGAAACCAGACCAAACAUAUUUGGUAAGGCUUUGAAGCGUGUACCUUGAUGGUUUUGGCUUCAAUGUACCACAAAUCUACAGAUGUCUAGAAGAAAUUAACAUAAAUUAUGAUUACUGUUCAUGACUGCAUGCAGACACUUUAUUCAUCCAUAAAUUUUAUUUUCAUACAGAUAUUUAAAACUUAUCAAAACAUGUCAAAGUAUUCAUUGAUGCAAAAGGAAAUCAGCUUCAUUAAUUAGAAACUUCCUGAAAAGGCCAUAAUAACAGGAAUCAAAGGUUUACAGUAGGUGAGAAUCUUAAUAAAUUUCCCAGCAUCCAUUUCAAAAGGACCAUAGAAAGUUAAACCGAUUGGAGCCAAAGAGCUCCGGGUUUCACCGCUCCGCUCCAGACUGUCCCCGUCAUAAAGUUACAUUAUUAAACCUUUUAAAGAGUACCCCCUUCCCGGGCAAAAAAAAAAAAACUAAAACUUUUCGUUUUUUUUUUUUUUUUUU